UUCGAAAUUAAUUUUUGCUCACUCCCAGAUAAUUUUCACAAAUUGUCAAUCUAUCAAAUAGUUUUGUCAUUUUUUUUGUUGAUCAUUUCUUUUCCACCGUCACUAAUUCUCUAAUAUAGUUUGUCAUUAUUUUGUCUAUGAUUCGAGUGUUUUUCAUCAUCGAUAAUGGCAAGAUUACCGAAUGAAAAUAUUGAUCUUGAGUUAUUCAAAGAUGAAUUCAAAAACAUUGAUCAAGAAUUUCUCCCAUCAGUAGUUUCGAUUUUCAGAUUGUUUCCUUUCAUAGACAUUGAAAAAGAAUUUUUAUUGAUGACCAAAGAAGCUACGUUUGCAUAUGGUGAAGUAAUAUGCUCAUGGUUAUCGUUGGAACAUGAUAUGAUCAGACCACGACGGAUAUCUUGUCUUGAUGAUAUGACAAUUGUUCAAGUAGAUUCUGGCGCUGAUUUUGUUGCCAUUCUUACUGAUGAAGGACAAGUAUUCAUAGCCAGCGAUGUUGAAUCUAAAUGGAAAACAAAGAGAACAUUACGAUUGAUUUCAAACAAUAAUGAUCGUUUUAAGAUGAUUGCUUGUGGAUGUUUGCAUUUAUUAAUGUUACGACAAGAUGGUCAUGUUUUCGCUGUUGGUGAUAAUCAUUUUGGUCAAAUAACUGGUAAUGAAGAAUCAUCAUAUCAAAGUAUUAUCAAAAUUGAUAACCCAGAAAAUGUUAAGCUCAUAGCUUGUGGAGAGUAUCAUAGUUUAUCAACAACUAAUAAAGGCAAAAUUUAUUCCUGGGGCCUUAAUUAUUCUGGUCAAUUAGGUUAUGGUGAUGAAAACAAACGAAACACUCCAUGUCUUGUUCCAUUUCCAAAUAGUGAUUCAAGCCGCAUCAAAGAUAUUGUUGCUGGCCAUGAACAUUCAUUAUUUUUAUUCGAAAAUGGUCAGCUUUGGGGAUGUGGUUUUAAUUAUAAUGGUGAACUUGGUCUUGGUGAUGAUAUUAAACGAUCAACACCGACAAAAAUACCAAUUGAAAAUGUACAACAAAUUGCAUGUUCCAAAUUCGGCAGGUUUUCAUUGGCGCAUGAUGGAUCAUCGUAUUAUGCAUGGGGCAAAACCGAAAAUGGCGAUUGGUUAUCACCGAGAAAAUUGGACGGUCAACCGACAUCAUUUGCUUCUGUAUCAGUUCAGGUAUUGGAUUCACCAAUCACAUUUGGUCUCACAUCAACCAUCUAUGCAUUCGGAUCGAAUGAUUCAAUAUACAAAUCAAUCCUCCGAUUAUUUGAUAAUCAAGAUAAUUAUGAUGUGGAAUUUAUAAUUGACAAAAAACGUAUAAAAGCAUGCAAAUGUUAUCUAAAAUCUGUAUCGGAAUAUUAUUGUCGAAUGUUUUCCGGAAAUUGGUGUGAAAAUGAUCUAGUUAACAUCAACGAUUAUUCAUAUGAAACAUAUCAUGCAUAUCUACUUAUGUUACAUACGGGUGAAAUUCAUAUUAAUCGUCAAAACAUAACCGAGCUUGUUGAUUUGGCCAACUGUUAUGGUGAUAUAAAAUUGAUGGAACAUUGUAAAACAUUCAUAUGGAAUGAUUUGGAUGAACAAACUACGCCCACAUAUCGUACAUUAAUAAACAAAUACGAAAUCAAGGAAUUGUAUGAUGUAUGACAAGAUUGGUCAUCUGGACAAAAAUCGUCAACAAUCUUCAUCAAAAUUUUUUUAAACUUUCAUGACUUUUA